AUGGAAAAGUUCCCCGACUUCGUCGACACGCCCUUGGGCGAGUCACCCUCGGACAGCCCUUCAAACACUCCUGGCUGGGCAAACGGCGCUCCCCCUCGUCCCUCCGAUCGAUGGCUACCAGUUUCGAAGCAAGAUAACUGGUCAGCGGCAUCUCGAGGCCACAAUCGGCAGAAGAGUCUCACUGAUGCCAUUCGCACAAUAAGAGGUCGCAAUGGCAGUGUCAGCCAGAAUGCUCACGAGAUUGCCGACGCUCUGCGUGCUCCCGUCUCCCCAAAGCUCAUUAUUCUGUGCCUUAUGUGGUACGCCUCAUCUGCGCUCACAAAUACCUCGUCCAAGUCCAUUUUAAUAGCUUUUGACAAGCCUGCCACCUUGACACUUGUUCAAUUCGCCUUUGUGUCCUCGUUAUGUAUGUUCAUGGCAUGGCUGGCGACCAUUUUCCCUGUCUUGCGCACAAAGGUUACAGCUCUCAAGUACCCGAUUCGAAAGCCGACCCGCGAUGUUCUCAGAACCACUCUUCCUCUUGCAGCGUUUCAGAUCGGAGGUCACCUCCUCAGUUCAACAGCCACCUCCAAGAUUCCCGUAUCACUUGUCCACACCAUCAAGGGUCUCUCACCCCUCUUUACCGUCCUCGCUUAUAGAUUCGUGUACGACAUCCGAUACCCAAAGACCACUUACCUGUCUCUGAUUCCUCUGACAUUCGGUGUCAUGUUGGCUUGCUCGGGUAAGACGACAUACGGCGGAGAGCUUAUUGGUGUUAUCCAAGCUCUUCUAGCAACUAUCAUCUUCGUUACCCAGAACAUCUUCUCCAAAAAGCUAUUCAAUGAGGCUGCCAAAGCUGAAGCUGAGUCACCGUACUCAGUGUCGAAAAAGCUAGAUAAGCUCAACCUGCUCUGUUACUCUUCCGGCAUGGCCUUUCUUCUCACAUUGCCUAUCUGGCUAUGGUCUGAGGGGUUCGCUCUCCUCCUGAACGUCUAUCAUGAGGGCUCAAUCGAUCUGAAUGAGCAACCGAAUUCAAUGGAUCAUGGACGACUCACACUUGAGUUCAUCUUCAACGGUGUCUUUCAUUUCGGUCAGAACAUCCUCGCCUUUAUCCUGCUCUCUAUGGUUUCGCCUGUUACGUACUCGGUUGCCAGUCUUAUCAAGCGUGUGUUCGUCAUUGUCCUGGCUCUGGUGUGGUUCAGAAGUCCUACAACACCGCUUCAGGGAGUAGGCAUAGCCCUCACCUUCUUGGGACUGUACUUGUACGAUCGAACCAAAUCGAGCAACAAGGCCGAUCAAAAAGCCCAAUCAAUGCAGGUAAAGAGAUCAUCAUUGCUCCCUACCACCAACGGCGGAUUGCGGCCUACGCCCAUCACGGAGUCUCCUCAAAGCACUGAACACAAGCCUUACCCUUACCACGAGGGCUACUUUGGUCGCCCAACGGCAGCGGAGGAUUCCAAAAAGAGUGACGAUAGCAGUGCCCGAAGCCGGACUCCAGGCACUGGCAACGGCUGGCUUCCUCCUGGUACCAAGCAGGAAGAUACAUGGCAGCCUGGUGAUCGAGUCGCUGGUGUCGCAAGAUAA